AUGGGCGAGUGUAAUGGCGUCGCUGCGGCGGCGACGACGACGACGACGACGAAGCCGGUGCGACGGAAACGAUUCGGAGCGGGUCUCAUGACGACGUCGCUUGUGUAUAUAGCUGUUCAGAUCGCCCUUGUGUCUUUGAUUUCGUCCUACUACAAUUUUGGCCUGAAAAACGCCACCUCGCUAGCCGUCGAUUUUGUGUAUGAUUUUGAAACGACGCGAGAAUAUAUAGAUUGGAUAAAAAAUUCGUGGGAAGAAACGAAGGAGAGCAUGAAGAUUCCAUCGAGGAAAGCCGAGGAUUUGAAGGCGGUAGAAGCUGAAAUUCGUCUUGACGAUGGGAAACAGAUACUGACGCCCGAACAAUUGAUGUUCUUCGACGGCACACGCGAUUCCAAACCGGUGUAUUUGGCGAUUCUCGGACGCGUUUACAACGUGAACAAAGGCAAAAAGCAUUAUGGUCCCGGCGGAAGCUAUCAUUUUUUUGCGGGACGCGACGCGACGAGAGCCUUCGUCACCGGCGACUUCAGCGAACAGGGACUCGUCGAUAGCACCGACGAUUUGUCGCCGGAAGAUCUACUGGGCAUCCGCGAUUGGGUAUCGUUCUAUGAGAAGGACUACACGCUCGUCGGCGUCGUCACCGGCCGCUACUACGACGCCGACGGCAAACCGACGGUCGAGCUCGAAAGCGUUUUGGCGCGCAUCGAGAACGCCAACGAGUUCCGCAAACUGCAAGCCGCCGAGACGGAGGUGUUUCCGCCGUGCAACAGCGAAUGGCAUCAGAAGACGGGCGGUCGCGUCUGGUGUUCGACGAAAAGCGGCGGCGUCAAUCGCGAAUGGGCCGGUGUGCCGCGACGGCUGCGCGAUCCGUCGACGCGAACGCAGCGUUGCGCGUGCGUCAAAAAUUUCGGCACCGGAUUGUCGGGCGUCGACGCGGUGAAGAAGUCGACGAAUCGCGGCGAUCUCGAUCAUCCCCAUCUCAAGCAAUAUCCGAAUUGUUCGCCGACGGCCAAUAGCUGCAAGAUUAUCGAUGAUGAUUAA